AUGGUGUCCUCCGAGCUCGUGUGGCAGUGCGUUCGUCGCAACCACUGCUUUAUCCGUAAGUUCAAUGGAAUCACGUUGUCAGCGGAGCCGAUGAACUUGACCAACAAGAACACACUCAAGUUCUCUGGCAUUGCCCACAAGCAGCCUCUGGGGCUGAACCGCCAUGGAGAGAACGGCAGCGGCAUCGCCCUCGUCACGGUGCAGAAGCGCUCCCGCGCCAUGAGGAAGCCUCGCAAGGCUGUCCAGGUUCGCAAGUUCGUGAAGUGCAAGAAGGAGAUCUCCAAGGUCACUCAGGCAGUCGCGGCAUACCGCCCGGACCUGCUCAAGACUGUGACCAAGAAGAUGAAGAAGUUGAUCCGGACAGGCAACGCAUCUAACAAGAAGGAGUAA